AUGGCAAAAGCCUCCAGUGCUGCUUCAAUCCCUGAGACGUGUGCACCAGAUGCCGCUCCUGCCUCCAAUGCCUCGAGCAUGACAGCAGCAGAGAGACGGGUCUACAGUCGCAUGGCAGACACGAUGUCUUACUACCACAACCACUUCAAAUCAACAUGGAAGACGCUCUACACUGCUUGUGAGAAGAAUAAACGCCCCGCUGGUAUGAGUAUCAAGCAGUAUCUGAACACUGCCUGCGAAUUCGUCCACCAUCUGGAGAUGCACCAUUCGAUUGAGGAGAGGCACAUCUUCCCGCUUCUUGCCCAGCGCAUGCCGGUUUUCCAACGGGAGAUGGAAUUGUUGGAGCAGCACAAGCGAAUACACAAGGGCAUCGACGCUUUAGAAAAGUAUGUCAAUGCUUGUAAAGCUGGCGAAAGGGAGCUGAGGCUGGAGGAGAUGAAGGACGUGCUUGACGGCUUUCGGGAAGUGCUCUGGCAGCAUCUUGAUGAGGAGGUCAGAAACCUGGGUGCGGACAACAUGAAGAAGUACUGGACUAUCCAAGAGAUGGAGAGAAUGCCUAUGUGA